AUGCCUUUUAAAGACGCCCUUGGGUUAGCACCAUUAUUACAUGUUGUCCAUCACAUCACCCGUGCCAACAACAAAGAUACUGGUGACCAUCAGAUCGACCAGAAAUCAAAUCAGUGGUUCGGCGCUACACUCGCGAGUACCGGUCGAAAUGGACCGAUCGUGGUCACUUUGCACCGUUAUCAGCUAAGUGGCAGGUGGUCUUCCGCGUCCCCGCUUCUUCGUUGGCAUAGUCCAUGUAAGCUUCACGAUGUGCUCAUCCGACUAUUUCUGGACAUGUCCGUACCAUCGGAGAUGGUUUCCCUUUAA